AUGUUAUCAAGAUGUUAUGGUCAAAUAGGUGGUUUAGUAUCAGAAACAAAAUUAAUAAAUUUUAAAAAAAAAGAGUCAAUCUUUAUUCUUAGAUGCCUUAAAAGUUCUUUAACAGCUAUAUGGGGUGCAGUUACACUUUAUCAAACAUUUGAAGGGCAACCAUGUGUUUUAGAGGUUGUUAAAGUAUCACCCUGGUUAUUACCUCUUUCAAACUCUGACAGAUUUUCAAUCCAAAAAAAAGAUGAUUAUCCAAUUAUAAUAUUAGAAUUUAACACGAUAAUUAAUAAUAAUAGUAAUAGUAAUAAUAAUAAUAAUAAUAAUAAUAAUAAUAAUAAUAAUAAUAAUAAUAAUAAUAAUAAUAAUAAUAAUAAAUAA